UAAUGGCACUCUAUGAGACUACCAGUAACCUUCAGACAAGGUAAGUAUAAAACUGAAGAGUUAAAUUCGAUAGAUUCAGUUCAGAAUCCACCAAGCGAAAUGAAGUUACUCGUGCUACUCUCACUAUUUCUGGUAGCUGUAUACGGGAUCUCCCCGGAAUUGGAGACGUUAAUGAAGACCGAAUUGAAGAGAAUGGGAACCGAAUGCAUGGCCGAGUUGAGUGUAAGCGAAGACGACAUUGAGCCUUUACUGAAACAUUCCCCACCCAAAACAUACGAAGCCAAAUGCUUCUUGGCUUGCAUAAACAAAAAAUCGGGAGUGCAAGAUUCAUCGGGAAAAGUAAAAUCUGCCGAUGACUUUUUGGAAAAAAUAAAGCUCAUGGACGAAGAUUAUUAUACUAAGGCCAAACACAUCGUGGAUGUAUGUAUUGUUGAUGACCACAAUCAGGACGAUGAAUGCGAAACCGCCAACUCGUUGUACACUUGCGUACUGGAGGAGAAGUCGAAGCUCGGGUUACCAAUGAUAUCCUUAGAUUAACUUGUAUAUUAGAUUACCUAUAUAACGUUAUUGCUGUGAAUAACAAGAAUAUAUGUUUGAAUUGAA